AUGUGGUUCUUUCAGACUUCAAUUGACUAUGAUUAUUUCUUUGCGUGUAGCCCCUUGACGUGUUUGACUGCAAACUACCUGUGUUUUGAUAAUUUGACUUUUUUGGAGCUUGAUGCUGGCAAUCUUGGAGGGAAAUGGCUGCCAAACUUGCUUGAUAGCUCACCACAACUGAAAACUCUUGUCUUUAAGGAGAACAAACAUAGUUGCGAUGAUUUGGCUCCCCCAGAGCGGGUGCCUUCAUGUCUAAAGUUUCACCUCAAGAUGAUUGAAGUCUUAAAGACUCUGAAUAUUCGUGUCCGGAUGACCAAACAGGAAGAGUGUGAAGCUUUGAAGAAGUUAUUGAGUUGUUUGGAUUCUUUCCCUUUUACCCCCGAGUAG